CCCAAUUGACGACCACCCGCGCCGCCAGAAUGUUCGCCGCACGAUCACGGGCAGUCUGCGCCGCCCGCCAGCUGCAGCGGACGUGCCGGAACUACGCCUCCGACGCCCACGGCCACCACCACUCCGCUGCUCCCGUCAACGAGUCCUUUGGGAAAGGAUCCGUGAUUGCCCUCGCCACAUUCCUGGGCACCGUCCUCGUCUACCAGUUCCGCCCCCAGGAGACCGACAACUGGAACAUCUCCAACCUGCUCACCAAGUACCGAUCAAAGGCCGAGGACUGGGAGGCCAUCAACUCGCUGCACACAAAGGCCAUGGAGCAGGCCGGCUACGACCGAAACCUGUUUGAGAACGCCUCCAACAAGCACCGAUUCGUCGACGUCGCAUACCCCGAAGCUUUCCAGUCCCACGCCCAGCGAAACAUUCAGGCUGGCCACCUCGCCAGCAUGGAUCACGUCGUGGAGCACUACAGGCAAAAGCAUUUGCAGUCGGAGGAGAAGAAGGCGGCCAAGCUGGCUGCUGCCGGCAAGCAGGAGUAGUGCAGUAUAUCCAAAUUCAAU